AUAUCACCAACACGAUGUGACUUACCAUUUUAGCGAAAAUAAAAUGGAUGUAGAAAAUUUCACGGAAUAUAAUUGUACUUCGGAACAACUAACAAAAGGGAUUACCAGCAAAAUUCUGGUUUCGCUCACUUUAUCUAUAUUGACAUUGAUGACAACUGCAAUAAACUCCCUUGUAAUUGCUGCGAUAAUUGUGACACGGAAACUCCAUCAUCCUGCCAACUAUCUGAUAUGCUCUCUGGCAGUGACAGAUUUUCUAGUUGCUGUGUUGGUGAUGCCUUUUAGCAUCAUAUAUAUCAUAAAGGAAACGUGGCUUAUGGGACAAGUGGUCUGUGAUAUCUGGCUAAGUGUCGAUAUAACAUGUUGUACAUGUUCUAUAUUGCAUCUCUCAGCUAUUGCACUAGAUCGUUACAGAGCUAUUACAGAUGCGGUGGAAUAUGCCCGGAAAAGAACUGCUCAACAUGCCGCAAUUAUGAUUACCGUGGCAUGGGUACUCUCUAUUUUCAUUUCGAUGCCGAUUUUGUUUUGGCGUCACCAAAGCAACAACAGAGAAGACGAAUGCCUCAUUAAGCAUGACCAUAUUGUAUUCACCAUUUACUCUACAUUCGGAGCAUUUUAUAUCCCACUGACGCUGAUACUUUUGCUUUACUAUAAAAUCUAUAGAGCAGCAAAAACAUUAUAUCAUAAACGGAACAUCAGUAGAGUUGAAAAAGAACAAAACGGCCAAGUCCUUUUAGAAGCUUGUGGAAAAAGUUCGACUUUGUGUAUAGCGGAAAAGUCUUUUUCAGAUCAUUCAACUGAUUUUGAUAAAAUCCAUAUUACACUCAGGAGCACAAGAGCAGAAAUAAGACAUGAAAAAAUUUGGAGAAAACAAAAAAUAUCUAGCUCAAGAGAAC